AAUCCUAUAUAAACACCCCCACCCCAUAACCCCAGAACCAUCGAUCACACAAAACCUUUUGACUACAAGUCUUUUCUUCUCAAACAAACACUUCAGUUUCUUUCUCUUCAUUUCCACUCCCAAAACCUUAAACUCUUUCUUCACUUCAAAAACCCAUUUGAAAUGGCUCCUGACAUCACCGCCGCCGACGUCACCGCCGCCAAGCCAACCGGGCUAGCCAAGGCCGGUAGCAUGCCUAGCCGGGCAUUUGUUACUUUCUUGGCUGGCAACGGGGACUACGUGAAAGGUGUGGUUGGCUUAGCCAAGGGCUUGAGAAAGGUCAAGAGCAAAUACCCUCUAGUGGUGGCAAUCCUGCCCGACGUGCCGGAAGAGCACCGUGAGAUUCUGGUGUCUCAGGGAUGCAUAGUGAAGGAGAUUGAGCCGGUGUACCCACCGGAGAACCAGACCCAAUUCGCCAUGGCCUACUAUGUCAUCAACUACUCCAAGCUUCGUAUUUGGGAGUUUGUGGAGUACAGCAAGAUGAUCUACCUAGAUGGAGACAUUCAAGUUUUUGAAAACAUAGACCACCUCUUUGACCUCCCAGACAACUACUUCUAUGCUGUGAUGGAUUGCUUUUGUGAGCAAACAUGGAGCCACUCUCCACAGCAAAAGGUUGGCUAUUGCCAGCAGUGCCCUGACAGGGUCAGCUGGCCUGCUGAUUUUGGUCCCAAGCCUGCCCUCUACUUCAAUGCUGGCAUGUUUGUGUAUGAGCCCAAUCUCUCAACAUACCAUGACCUCCUCGAGACCCUCAAAGUUACCCCUACAACCCCUUUUGCUGAGCAGGACUUUCUGAACAAGUUCUUUAGGGAUGUUUACAAGCCAAUCCCACCAGUUUACAACCUUGUCCUGGCCUUGUUGUGGCGCCACCCUGAGAACAUUGAGCUUGACAAGGUCAAAGUUGUUCACUACUGUGCUGCUGGGUCUAAGCCAUGGAGGUACACUGGCGAGGAAGAGAACAUGCAGAGGGAAGAUAUAAAGAUGCUGGUGAAGAAAUGGUGGGACAUAUAUGAUGAUGAGUCAUUGGACUACAAGAACACACUGGCUUCUGCAGAGGCUGGAGCAGGGGCUGGGCAGAGGAACCUGCGGUCAUUUUUGGCGGCGCUUGCAGAGGCUUGCGGUAUUCCCUACGUUAAUGCCCCAUCCGCCGCUUAGUGCUUGUGGGUCAUAUACAAAGAAAUGUAUAUAUGACUUAUCAAUUAGUACUGCACGAUUGGUUUUAGUUGCAUUGUUGGUUGUAAGUGGAAGAUUUUCCUACUCAAAUAUUAGGAAUUUUUUCUUCUUUUUUUUUUUAAUGGGUUUUCGAUUUGUGGUUGGUUGUGGUCUUUCUUGUUUUAAGUGAAAGACCCAAACUUCCCAGAUUUGUAGAGGGCACAGAUUUUCCUCCAAGCUAGUGGAAUAAAAUUG